UAAAUAGGACUUGUAGUUCUCUUGAAACAAUAAUAAUAUGAAACACAAGUUCUAUAAUCCCUCUCUCUCUCGCUUUACUACACACACAUAAAGACAUCUGAUCUCUCUUACUUCUAUCGAUCAAACACACAUAUAUAAAUAAUAAAUAUAAGUUCUAUUUCCUAAGUUAUAUUAUACAACACGUUAUCAGUACGAAACUCUGACCAACUGAGCACGAGCUCUCAUAUACCAGUGAAGUCUAUCAAUCCGGAAGCUCUAACCAACCGAAACUUAUCAAUCCGAAAAUUCUUAAACCAGCUGAGGUAAUGUUUAAAUUUAUGUAUUUCCAUAUACUAAAUUUAUUUAAAUUUUAUUAUUUUUCCGGAGUGAGAGGCUAGGCCUUCUCCAUUUAUUUUUCGGGAUGAUAGGCACUGCCUUUCCUGACUAAUCGUUAUGGUAGGCUAUGCCUUCACGAUCAGAGAAACACGUGGUAGGCUUUGCCUCCGUGAAUAAAAAGAAAAUGUCAAAAAUGGUAGACUAAGUCUCCUCGGACCUUGAAAUAAGUAAAAGUCAAAAUGGUAGACCAUGUCUCCUCGGACUUUGAGAAAAUGAUCAAUAUGGUAGUCUAUGACUCCUCGGAUCAUGUGGUAGGCUAAGCCUCCCGAUUUUAUUUAUGCUAUUUAAAUUCCCGCAAUUUAAAUUUCUGCAAUUUAAUUUUUGUUUUUAUUUUAUGCCUUUAAUUUCUGCAUUUAAAUUAUGCAUUUAAAUUCUCGUAUUUACUAUGUUUAUAUUAUUAUUCUAUGAAUACAGUUAUCAUGUCGAAUUUGACAAAGCUCGAAAUUAAUUCCCUGGAUAUUACGGGAAAUAAUUAUAUGACCUGGGCAGUGGGUGAAAAAAUGCACCUGAGAGGAAACAGGCUUUUGGAAACCAUCGAUAGUUCAAAAACGGUGUCGGAUGAGAAAAAGACAAAAGCCAUGAUAUUUUUACGACACCACAUCCAUUAUGGUUUAAAGGAUGAAUAUAUUACGAAAGAGGAUCCUUGUGACCUCUGGAAAUCUUUAAAAGAGAGGUUCGAUCACCAGAAAUAUGUGAUCUUACCGAAAGCUAAACACGAGUGGAUCCAUCUCCGGUUACAGGAUUACAAAAGUGUUUGUGAGUUUAAUUCCGCGAUGUUCGGAAUUACUUCGAGGAUGAUGUUAUGUGGAGAGAAAAUAAGUGAUUAUGAUAUGAUCGAGAAAACUCUCUCCACGUUCCAUCCUGAAAAUGUAAUCAUGCAGCAACAAUACCGAGUGAAUGGAUAUACCCGUUAUUCGGAGUUGAUGCAAGUCCUCCUUGUAGCGGAGCAGAAUAAUCAACUCGUGAUUUUAAACCAUCAAGCUCGUCCCACUGGAUCUGCUCCAUUCCCGGAAGCGAAUGUUGCAUCAUCCAGUUAUGAUAAUAGGAGAGGACGAGGUCGUGGACGUGGUGGAAACCGUUAUCAUGGUCGUGGAAGAGGAAUAGAAAGAAGAUUCCGUCCCUAUGAUGAAAGAGAUAACAAGAACUUCCACGAAAAUGAAAGGAAUGAAAAGGACCGGGAUAAUAAAAGGCAAACAGGAAAGGUUUGCUACAGAUGCGGCAUGAAAGGUCAUUGGGUACGUAGUUGUCGUACACCAAAACAUUUAGCCGAUCUGUAUAGAGAAUCCCAAAAGGGAAAAGAGAAAGGAAGAGGUGAAACAAACUUCAUCUCUGAUGAACCCGGGCCUUCCAUUCAUGGUUUAAACGAUGAUACUCAUCUCGACGUAUCAGACUUUCUGGUUGAGCCAGAGAGUAUCGAUGAGUGAUAUAAAUCGAUGUGAUAUAAGUAGACUGUAUUAUAGUAUCUAUAUCUUCUGUUGCAAGAUAUAUGUUAUGUUUGUUAUGUUUCAUGUUUAAUAAUAUAUGUUUUAUAUUCAGAAAAUGCCAAAUUUUGAGACAAUGAAUGGAGAUUUGUGUUUGGCAGAUAGUGCGUCAACGCACACGAUAAUUAAAGAUAAGAAAUAUUUCUCUACUCUCAAAAUAAGAGAUUAUGCUGAAAGCGUAAGUACAAUAUCUGGUAAUGCAAAGAUUAUUAUGGGCUCUGGAAGAGCGAAAUUUUCAAUGCCAGGGGGUACGAUAUUUGAAAUAAAUGAUGCAUUGUAUUUCCCCGAGUCUCAUAGAAACUUGUUAAGUUUUAAGGAUAUCCGAAGAAUGGAUAUCAUAUUGAGACUAUGAGUAAAGAUGGCAUUGAAUUUCUUUGCAUUAAGUCCGAGAGGAAACAUAUAUUGGAAGAGUUAAGAAUGUUAUCCUUUGGACUAUAUUGUACGAAAAUAACCAUGACCGAGUCCUAUGCCGUGGUAAACAUGAAGUUUACUGAUACAUUUAAAAUAUGGCAUGAGAGGCUAGGACAUCCUGGUUCAGUCAUGAUGAGAAAAAUAGUGCAAAAUUCAAAUGGUCAGCCGUUGAAAAACGGAUUUUUUUUGCAAACGGGCGAGUAUACAUGUAAUGCAUGUUCUCAAGGAAAACUUAUAACUCGGCCAUCACCAGCAAAAGUAGGCAAUGAAUCACCAAUGUUUUUAGAAAGAAUACAUGGUGAUAUGUGUGGGCCGAUCCACCCACUGUGCGGGAAGUUUAAGUAUUUCAUGGUGUUGAUUGACGCAUCUAGUAGAUGGUCAAGUGUGUCUCUUUUGACGACACAAAAUACGGCUUUCGCAAAGUUCAUUGCCCAGAUAAUAAAGCUGAGAACGCAGUUCUCAGAAUAUACCAUUAAGAAAGUAAGGCUUGAUAAUGCUGGUGAAUUUACAUCGCAAGCCUUUGAUGAUUAUUGUAUGUCAAUGGGGAUUGAUGUUGAGCAUCCAGUUCCCCAUGUGCAUACACAAAAUGGCAUGGCUGAGUCAUUGAUAAAACGGUUGCAGUUGAUUGCAAGACCGUUAGUCUUGAGAACAAAGCUCCCAAUUUCUGUAUGGGGUCAUGCUAUAUUGCAUGUGGCUGCACUGGUUCGGUUAAGACCGAGUGCAUAUCAUAAGUACUCCCCAUUACAAUUGGCAUCUGGGCAAGAGCCAGAUGUAUCCCAUCUCCGUGUUUUUGGGUGUGCGGUCUAUGUUCUGAUAGCACCGCCACAAAGAACAAAAAUGGACCCACAAAGGAGAUUGAGAAUAUAUGUGGGCUAUACGUCACCAAGUACAAUAAGAUAUCUGGAACCGGUAACUGGUGAUAUGUUUACGGUAUGAUUUGCCGAUUGCCAUUUUAAUGAGGAUGAAUUUCCAGCGUUAGGGGGAGGAAUUAGUAGAAUUCCUAAAGAGAUUACAUGGUGUACACCAUCGUUGUUACACCUUGAUCCCCAUACGAAUCAAAGAGAGCUGGAAGUUCAGAAAAUUGUGCAUUUGCAUAAUUUGACAAACCAAUUACCAGAUGCGUUCACAGGUACGAGAAGGGUGACGAAAUCAUGUGUACCGCUGAAAAUGUUCCAUCCAGAGUUGAUGUUCCUAAAGAACAAACUGAUGGAAAUAAAAUGAGUGAACCUCGAGUUCAGUUAAAGAGGGGAAGGCCAACAGGUUCUAAAGAUAAAAAUCUCCGAAAGAAAAAGAAAUUGGAUGAGCAAAAUAGUAAGGUUCCAGAAGAAUCUGAUAUUGAAAGAUGUCUGAAAGAAGACAUAAAUGGAAAGGUUUUAGAAUAACCUGUUACUGAUAAAUGUCUGAAAGAAGACAUAGAUAAAGAUGAUCUAGAUGACGAGAAGGGAACAGAAAAGUAUGAGAUUUCCAUCAACUAUGCCCGAGAUGAAAAAUUAUGGAUCAGAAAUAAGAUAAAAAAUGUUGAUGGAAUGUUCUCCUUUUCUGUGUCCAAAGAGAUCGAUCAUGAAAAUGAUGAUCCCGAUCUAAGGUCCAUUUUGGAAUGUCAGAAAAGACAUGAUUGGGAGGAGUGGAAGAAGGUCAUUCAAAUUGAAUUACUCUUCCUAAAUAAAAGAAAUGUCUUUGGACCUAUAGUCAUAACGCUUGAGAACGUAAAUCCUGUUGGGUAUAAGUGGGUAUUCGUGAGAAAAGUAAAUGAGAAAAAUUAAGUAACACGAUAUAAAGCCCGAUUAGUUGCCCAAGAUUUUUCUCAGAGACCGGGAAUUGAUUUUGAGGAAACGUAUUCCCCGUAAUGGAUGCAAUUACGUUUAGAUUUUUGAUGAGCCUAACGGCGUCUAAAAAUCUUGAAAUGCAUCUCAUGGACGUUGUGACUGCAUAUUUGUAUGGAUCAUUGGAUGACAAUAUAUAUAUGAAACUCCCUGAGGGAUUGAAAAUGCCCGAGACAUUGAAAGAAAAAUCCAGGAUGAUUUGUUCGGUCAAGUUACAGCGAUCACUAUACGGAUUAAAGCAAUCCGGACGCUACAAUCGCUUAAGUGAAUAUCUUUUGAGUAAAGGAUAUGUGAAUAAUGCGAUAUGUCCAUGCGUUUUUAUAAAGAAAUCGUUAUCUGGCUUUGUGAUCAUUGAUGUAUAUGUAGAUGACCUCAACAUAAUUGGAACUCAAAAAGAGGUUGAUGAUGCUCGAACUCAUAUGAAAGAGGAGUUCGAAAUGAAAGAUCUCGGCAAGACAAAGUUUUGUCUUGGGCUCCAGAUUGAGCAUCUCCGAGAAGGAAUAUUUGUGCAUCAAUCAAAUUAUACGAAAAGAUUAUUGAAACGCCUUUAUAUGGAUAAAGUGACUCCUUUGAGUACUCUAAUGGUCGGUAGAACUCUCGAUGUUGAGAGAGAUCCUUUUAGGCCCUGUGAAGAUAGCGAGAAAAUAUUAGGUCCUGAAGUACCUUAUAUGAGUGCUAUCGGUGGGCUGUUAUAUCUUGCAAACUGUAUCAGGCCUGAUAUUGCCUUUGCUACUAAUCUAUUAGCAAGAUAUAGCUCUGCUCCUACUCGCAGGCACUGGGACGGAAUAAAACAUGUAUUCCGUUACCUCCAAGGUACAGUUGAUUUAGGAUUAAUUUAUUUUAGAAAACUCGAGUUUGGUAUAGUUGGUUUUGCAGAUGCAUGAUACUUAUCAGAUCCUCAUAAGGCUCGAUCACAAACCGGCUAUAUUUUUACGAUUAGUGGAACCGCGAUCUCUUGGCGGUCUCACAAACAAACCCUAGUUGCGAUAUCUUCGAAUCAUGCAGAAACUAUUGCGCUUCACGAAGCAUGUCGAGAAUGUGUAUGACUUCGAUUAAUGAGUCACCACAUACAAGAAUCAAGCGGAAUAGUCAUCGAGAAAGAGCCGACAAAAAUAUUUGAAGAUAAUUCGGCUUGUGUUGCUUAACUCAAGGAAGGCUACAUUAAGAGCGACAGAACAAAGCACAUCCCUCCAAAAUUUUUCUCGUACAUAAGGGAGCUCGAGAAAAAUAAAGAAGUGGACAUCGAGUAUGUACAGUCAUGCGAUAAUCCAGCUGAUUUGUUUACAAAAGCUCUUCCGACUACAACAUUCCGAAAACAUGUCUAUGGUAUCGGAAUGCGACAUUUGCGUGACCUGUGACAAGAAAUCUAUGUCUACUAGUCUCAGGGGAGAUUACGGCAGUGUAUCUUUUUUCCUUGUCAUGGUUUUUGUCCCAAUUAGUUUUUCCGUGACUAGGUUUUUAACGAGGCACUACGUAAUACAUAUAAGAUGGAUGAUCAAGGGGGAGUGUUAUAAGAUAAAGGUUGAAAAGUCAAUGAUCAUCCAUCAAGUCUUGUCUUUAUAUGGACAUAAAUAUCUGUCCAUCUUAUAAUAUUAUUUUGUCAAAUAUCUGUAUGUUAAACCGAUGUGAAAGUAGUAUAAAUAGGACUUGUAGUUCUCUUGAAACAAUAAUAAUAUGAAACACAAGUUCUAUAAUCCCUCUCUCUCUCGCUUUACUACAAACACAUAAAAACAUCUGAUGUCUCUUACUUCUAUCGAUCAAACACACAUAUCUUAUACAAUAAAGUUGGCUUGAGUCUCUCCUCCUGCGUCCACGUCAUCAGGGAGGAGGGGGAAAAUGAUGACACGUCAGCCUCUCUUUUUCCUUUUGUUUCUGAUGCUUGGGGACUAAAGAUUCUCCGCUUGUGGCCUAUCAAACAUUUGGCCCAUUGAUCGUUUGUUUAAUAAAAUCAGACCUGGUCCAGAUUUCUUCUUACUAUCUUUUGUGGGCGUGGGCCCUGACUCAAGCAGCGUACUUUUUUUCUGCGUCAUCCUCUCCAAAACCCUAAUAUCAAUUUUCUUGGCAGAGAGAAGGAUAGAGUAACGGCUGCAAAUCACUUUAAGUGCACACCAUUAAUCUUCAAAUUCAAUUUCAGUAAACCCGAGAACCCACUACUUCUCAUUACCAUUCUCUUCAGCUUCUUCACAAUCUCAUACCUAUAAAAAUGCAUCUGCGGCGCCAUACAGAGAUGAACCUUGAAGAACAAUGGCGACUUCCAAGAUAUCACUUUCCGAAUUGAAGCCCGGGAGUUGCAGUCGAACCGUUGUCUUACGCUUCUCCGUUUUUGGAAGCUAUAAAUGUGAAGAAAGGUGAACUUACAUCGACAUGCUGCUUUUGUAUGAUAAGUUAGUAUUUCACUGAUUUUGUUUUGUUAUUGUUGUUACUUCGUUUCCUUUUUUAUGGGUCUCAUUUUUCACAUAAUCUCUUCUUGCCUACAUGCAUUUUUCAUCCAAGCCUCAGUAACGGUCCAUCGCCUAAACACAUUCAGACAACCUCUUAGGGAGUGAGCUAUAUAUGAGCUUAGUGGAUUUAAUGUGAAAAGAAGCAACAACGAUUUCAAGCUUUUAGAUUCAAUCUUUGCGAUCUGACUCCACGAGUUUACUAAGUUGGUCAAAGUCCAUGCUGUUGCUAAUCCCAUCCCAACUGAGAUGUUCAUGUUCCGUAAGCUCGAGCAAGUGAUGGCGUUGGCAAAUACAAAUGUCGAGUUGUAGGUACACUUCUAUUUUGUAGCUUCUGUUCUCAGUAGUUGAAUAUUUAGACAUCUCAUGCCAGCGACAUCUUCUCUUUCAGACAUCAUUGGUGAGAUUUGCUAGACCAUGAAAACAUAUGAUGAUCAAAGCCAUACGACUCAAUGUGUGAUGGUGAACAUCCAAGUUGAUAAGUAAUAUCUUUCGACACAGACUAUUGAAUAUUUUUCAUGCAUUUUAAUCACCACUCCUGCUAAUCUAUAUAUAAACUAUGUACUUCCUGGGCAGGGACAUGAUUGUUUGCUUAAGCGUUUUUGACAGCCUUACUGAACUCCUUCACAAGAGACUGGAAAGUGGUGUCUGCCAGCCUAGAGUGAUGAUGUGACCAGCAAAAACACCAAGUUUGUAGGAGAUUGUGUGCCACAGCCGGUGGUGACUCCACCAAUGUGACACAGUAAGGUGUUGUCACUGUUUCAUUAGCGGAGUUGACAACCUACUUUCUGGAGUCUCCACCACAAGCAGGUUAUUGAGUUUCUAUACACAACCAAAGUUUUAUAGGAACUACAAACAGAUGGUGCUACAUCUCAUGUGCCAAGUGUUUCAGAAAACUCCUCCGUGAAAUUUCCUAACGCAAGUGCUGUUAAUGUUCUCAGGUUCUCUCCUUAAGCAUAUAUAUCUUAAACCUCUUAAUAUCACAUAAGUCCUUUAAUUAUUUGAAACUCACUACUUUCUUUGAAUUGGAACAUUGAUGCUUUAUAAGGUACAGCCGGUGAAGAUUCGGCUGUAUUGUAGCAUCUGACGCAGCUAUGUCUAAGGUGACAAAUGUCAGGGCUGUAGAGGUUCCUCAUCCAAUGGGACAAGGUGAGGAGCAAGACCCAAGGAACCCAUCCAAAAAAGCAUGGACUUAGUUUCCUGCAUUGAGCACUAUACAGGAACAUAGCCAUCGGUUUCUCCCAUGCAUUGGUUAAUUGAACUCACUUUAUGUUUUCCAAAUAAGGGUUAAGAAACUUGGUCCACCAUCUAAUUCAAGAUUUCUCUCCCUUUUGGUUCGGUUACUUAGUAAACAUUUGGAGUUGUUAAUUUUACAUAUAUAUAUUAUCUAUAUGCAAGCACUCUUACCCAAAUACACACUCGAUAUGAAAAAAAAAAAAUAUAUAUCCAUUUACAUUAGAUUUUCGUCAUGUUUAGUCAAAAAGACAGAUCACCUAAAGGAAAUCAACUCCAAAUGUUUACUAUAAAGGAAAUCAUACUUCAGUAAUUUACAUAUAAAGGAAAUCAAGUCUCUUCGUAGCCUAACUCUAUUUUUUCUUUAAUGUAAGACUCUAGAUUCGUUUAGAACGACAAAGACUAGACGAUAAAGACUAGAGAUUACUCUCUUCUCACUUACUGAACGAUAAAGACUUACACAUUACUCUCUUCUCACUUACUGCUACUCAUUUUUCCUAUAGGACCCGCAUCAUUUUUACCCAAAAAUCACGCCAAAAACCUCCAUUAACAUACUUUGAUUAUGUAGGUUUCCCCAUGAUAUCUGGAAAUAAUAACAGGUAAAAGUUUUCGACUUCAUGUCUACACUUGGGAUGCAAGUAAACUGGAGUUAAAUUACAAAAAAAAAAAAUCAGCAAAAAAAAGUAAACUGGAUUUUAGAACCAGUGCCAUAGCAAUUGGAUGGCCCACGUCUCUGAUUGUACUCUAAGUCCAACUACUCCCAAUAUUCGUUGUUGUUAAUAUUUAGUUAUUUACUACUGCAGUUACCCAUCGAUUGGUAGCAGCUGUGCCUAUGUUUACCUUAAAUUAGUAAUGUUCACUAAAAACAAUAAUUCGACCCUCUCUUAACCCAACCAUCCAAACCUUACUUCCGUCACUUAUAAUCUUUAUCAAUGAUCAAAGCAUUCGGUGAUUAACUUUCAUGUUCGUUAUGUUCCCUAAUAAAAACUCUCUUAGCGCUUUUAUCCCUAAUAAAAACUCUCUUAGCGUUUUUAUCCCAUACUCUGAAGCAUCAAACCUUGCUUCUUUUAACUCGGCUUACAUAUGAUCUUCACAAAAUGACAUGCGUACGUCGCCUAAAUUUUAUAACAAACCUGUAAUACAUCGCCUAAAUUUUAUAAGGAACCUGCAACUCUUCGUUUUUUGCAAACUAACAUGCAACCAUUCGUUCAUGCACGUUCCUGAUUAUUAUUUAUAACAUAGAAGAAGAUGGUUGGAAUUAUGUAUAUGCUGACAUAUUUGUGUGUUCUCUGCAUAUUAGAAACUGAAUAGUAACAAAAUGUGUAUAUGUAUAAUAUGGAUAUUUUCGACGUUAUCAUUCAAAGCCUUAAUCUCACAAACUCAAUAACACAAAGUUAGAAAGCCCGCGCGAAGCAAAUAAUUCUAGAUUAGUCAAAAACAAAUAAUAUUUAGUUAAGGAAA